AUGCGUGACGUCAGUAGCCGUGGGGGCUGGAAUCUAGAAAUAGCCAUUACAAAUCAGUAUCUAUCGUACUGCCUCUACAGGAAACCUACUGAUAGGAAUACCAUUUUACAUAACACUAGUGCACAUCCGGUGGCAUUGAAGAGAUCUUUACCAAAAGCUCAAUUUUUGCGAGUGAUCCACAAUAACUCGGAUGCCAAUAUUAUGGAGGAACAACUUAAAGCGAUGACGGAGAGAUUCCUUGUGCGCGGCUACCGACGCAACGAACUAGUGAGAGCAUUAAAAGAAGCUAAGAUAGCUAACUCUCCUAGAGUCAAAGAUGGAGCCCCAAGGUUGGUUUUUCCAGUCACCUACCAUGAUUCUUCCAGGGAAGUUACAAGAAUUAUCAAGGACAAUUGGAAAAUGUUGGCAUGUGACGACACACUCCCCAAGGUAUUCAAAGAACCCCCCCUUAUCUGCUAUCGAAGGAAUAGAAAUUUAAGGGCCAUGUUGGUACAUAUGGAUCCCUCGAAAAGCUACUAG